GCCCUCAGUUUUAAUUCGACUUGGUCCGACAACACGAACUGACUUCGCGCUCGCUCUUAUGUCAUGAACUAUGUUUGUGGAUCUUACGAGGCCGGAAAGAGAUGACUUUCUAUCACAAACAACUGGAUGUUUAAUUCCAGGAUACACUGGCCAUUGCCCGACCCUCAAGUUUAGGAUAGGGAAGCGAUAUGGUGCCAACACCCAGGAGAUCAUGAAAGACCUGAGUGACCGAGGGGUGCUGAAGCGCCAUGUCGCCGACCAGUACCGCCAGGCCGACCCUCUGCAGGCCAUGCUCACCAACGGCCAAUUCUCCGUCAUAGAACACGCCAAGGGUCAGACCAGAGACCUCAAGAUAGACUCCUCGAACCGGUGCCGUCGCUACAUCCUGGGAUACACGGGCUAUAUUCCUGGGAUGCACUUCCGCUACGGGACGUCAUUCCGGCGAGCAGCGGACGCGAGCGUUGACGACUUCUCGCGGCGCAUGUCUCAGGAAGCCAGCCGUCGGGCCCUAGAGACGCCCCUGAGGGCACGGAGUCGCAGCGCCCCCCGCCUGGUUAGCAUAAGGGCUCGUGACCAAGUGAAGACCUCACUGGAUCAGUACUGCCAACACAACAAGUUCCAAGAAGCGCACAUAACUCCCGAAUUCCCACCCAUAGCCGGGUACACGGGUCACAUACCGAGGGUGAAGGGGUCCGAGGCCUCUCUGAGCCAGCGCUACCACACCGCGGCUAAACGCGGCCUCACUCUACUUCGGCAGGAAGCAGAGGAGCAGGCGAUGUCCCAGCACAACUUUUCUCGAUCUCGCUAGCUCCUGAGUCGGUCUCUGAACAGGAGAAGCGGAGAGGAUUGUCCCACGUGAAUACUUCAGUACAGUGUGCGCUGCCACCUCGCCCCUUCGAUUGCCGAUCACCUGGCUGUCCCUACACAGCCCACUGAGUCAUCUUACACUUCAUAUUAAAGUUACUUUUUGUUAAGUUACUUUACUACGUCCAGUUAAAGUUGAUUUAGUUGUUCGUUACUUUAACACAAAUACUCACUUUAGUAGACACGUAAGGGCAAGAGUACGAGUAUAAGUAUAAUGUAACGAGCGUGUUGUGCAACAUUGAUUCAUGCUCGUGAAGUUAGUGAAAACGUGGUGAUAAAAUAAAUAUUUCAAAUUUGUUGGCUUUCCUUUCAAAAUAAUUUAAACAGGGAUACUAGCUAUUUAGACAGCGACAGAUACAUCAAUCUUUACAUCUUACUACUUUCAAUCAGAAUCCUUAAUAUCUUCACGUAUUUCACGAUCUGUUCAGGUCUGA